UGAAAUCUGAAACCUUCGGUCAUCAAAAAGAAAUAAGCGCGAAGAGAAAAUUGCCAGAUGCCAAUGACGGCAUCUCACAAUAAACCCUACUCUCCUUCAAAAUUGAAAAAUUAAACCCUUCUUCUACCUUCUGAUAGUCAUUUCCCAAGAAGGGAAGGGAAAGAAAUCAGAAAAAGAAAAAUUUCCAAGCACUGGCAAGCCCCGACCACAUUAAAGAAUGGCUUCAUUUCCUCAACCUGGCUCUGUCACUAUCUGCGAAAUCAAUCGACUCUUGAUUACUGCCAAUAGCAUCUCCGAUGAUCGAGCCAAGGAAACUUAUGGAAAGCUACUCGGAAUGAUAUUUAGUCCGAUUCCGUUUCAAUCGGAUCCGGGUCCCCAGCAGGAUGCUGAACAACAAGGGAACGGAAAUGACGAGGAUGUUCAAGUAACAGGGUUGGUGGGAAAGCUGCAGGGGUUAAUAAGUGACUCCCUUAAACGCGUUUUUCAUCCAAAUGAUGUGAACUUGUUACCCGAGGUUAAUCUUCAUGGAGUAAGUUGGCACCAACACAAACACGUAGUUGCGUUUAUUUCUGGCCCAAAUCAAGUUAUAGUUCGUGAUUAUGAAGAUUCAGAAGGGAAAGAACCUUGCAUUUUGAUCAGUGAGUCCCAGAGAGAUAUUAGCGCUCUUCAGUGGAGGCCAAAUGGUGGAAAAUCACUUUCUGUAGCAUGCAAGGGUGGGAUUUGCAUUUGGGCUGCUUCUUAUCCAGGUAAUUUACCAUCUGUGAGAUCUGCUGCUGCUCCAUUUCUGGGAACCAGCUCUAGAGGCUCUGGGACUCGAUGGACCCUGGUGGAUUUUCUUCGAAGUCAUAACGAUGAGCAAAUAAGUACUCUUUCAUGGAGUCCUGAUGGAAGAUAUUUGACAUCUGGUUCGUACGAGUGCUCCUCAUUCACCAUAUGGGAUGUUGCUCAAGGAGUUGGGUCACCCAUUCGAAGAGGAUUAGGUGGCAUAUCAAUACUUAAAUGGUCACCUACUGGAGAUUACUUUUUUGCUGCAAAAUUUGAUGGAACAUUUUAUCUCUGGGAAACAAACACAUGGACAUCUGAACCAUGGUCUUCAUCUAGUGGCUUUGUUACGGGGGCAACAUGGGAUCCUGAUGGGCGUAUGAUAUUGAUCACCUUCUCUGGAUCUUCAACACUGGGUUCUAUCCACUUUGCAUCAAAGCCCCCAUCAUUAGAUGCCCACUUAUUACCUGUUGACUUGCCAGAGAUAAGUUCCUUGACCGGCAGUCAGGGAAUUGACAAGAUAGCCUGGGAUGCUUCUGGAGAGCGGUUAGCUGUCUCAUACAAGGAAGGGGAUGACAUCUAUAGGGGUCUCAUUGCCAUAUAUGAUGCCAGAAGGACGCCUCUGCUCUCUGCAUCGCUAAUUGGCUUUAUUAGAGGACCUGGUGACAAUCCAAAGCCAAUUGCAUUUUCAUUUCAUAACAAAUUCAAGCAGGGACCAUUGCUUUCCGUGUGCUGGAGCAGUGGCUUUCUCUGUACGUAUCCGCUCAUUUUUCGCUCCCAUGUUCUUCCCUAAUCUUGACUUAUAUUAUUUUGGCGAAUUUCCUUUUUUAAUUCUCUUUCCCCUUAUCGAUAAUGUGAAAAAUGAACACAAUGUUCCUUAUUUUGUAAUGUGAAGUAGUAAUAGCUUAUAGUUAUUUCCCCUAGUGUCUGUUUGCAAUUAUGUCAUAACUCAGUCAGCAUCCUUUUCCUCUUUUUUGUAGUCUACAACAGUUAUCAGUUAUAAUUUGGGAGUAUGCCUCUGGCUUUGCUUUUA